GUCUUUUUUUUUUUUAAUCAACAGUGUGAUGGUCUUAAUCCAUGUAUGCAGCACGACAACGACCUUGUUCUUUUUCGGCUGAUGGUUCCGUUGACAUUCAAUAUCGUUCUAAUGUAACAUUGGAAAAAACAACAACAACAACAACAGCUGAUAUACAUUCGCCCAAUCUCUAUUCUUCAAAUAAUAAUACUUCACCACCAUUAUCACCGAGACAACAACAACAUGGUACACCAUCUUCUUCCAGAUGGAUAAAAGAAAAACAACUUUUAGAUACUACAACUCAUCGACUGGACACUUUAAGACAAUCAUGGCCAGGAUGUGAAUAUGAAUCUCAAAGUCCUUAUACGACAUAUCAGCAACCUCCUUUAUCCUUCUUUUUAUUGGAACAACCUAGUCAACAACAACAACAACGACAGAACUCAUCACCGAAAAUACAACAAUCUCUCAUUACAUUAUAUUAUCGACAUCGGUAUCAUCUAUUGCCACUGAUCCCCAAAUCGACUUUUUUUACUCUAUUGGAUCAACCUUCUGCAGAAGCAUCCGUAUCACCUUUAUUAUUGAAUAUCAUGUACGCUCAUGCCGCUCUCAGUUCUCCAACAUUUAGUACAGAUGCAGAUAACUAUGCUCGUUCAGCAAAGGCCAUGUUGGAUGAUUACUUGGAAGAACCUCCUCAAGUAUGUACAGUGAUUGCACUAGUUUUAUUAGCUUGUUAUGAAUCCAACCGACACAGUUAUACUUGGUCACCAUGUCAAACUUCCAUGUACAGUGCGAUGGCUUUUCAGAUGUGUUACGAUUUGAAACUUGAUAGCGAUACGGACAACAUGACAAAGAUGAUCAAGGCACUGAAACAACGCGUAUUUUGGUGUUGUUAUUGUUUGGACAAAUGGACAAGUCUAUGUACGGAUCGACCUUGGACUUUAUAUACCAACAAUAAACAUGGAUUACAUGGAUCAAUAGUGUUACAUAUGGAAGGAUUGACCAUGGAUCAUGAUGAACAAAUAGUUAUGGAAGGAUUGGUGGCUUCAGUACAAUUAACACAACUAGGUGAACAACUACUACUACAACAACGAUCUUCUUCAACAAUCGAUACUACUUUCCGAGCUGAUCAACGAUUACUCUCCUUUUUACAAAAACUGCCUGCUUCUUUACAUUGGACUCCUUUACCUACACCUGAAUCUCUAUCAUCACCCACCUCAUCUUUAUACCAACCGAUUCCUUCACAUCCACCUCACAAUGCCAUUGUCGGUCAUUUUCACCUUAUCUUCAACCUGUUACAUCUUACACUUCUUGUACGACCAUUGAUUGAAAACAUAGACGACAAAGAUCGGAUAUCACUUUUGUUACAACGGUGUGCUACAGUGGCGACGAAUCUGACACAAUUGGGAUGUGCGUUGACAGAUCAAACUGCCUUUAUCUUGUGUUAUCGAAUGGUGGCCCAUGCCUUGAUGUUAUCUGUGCGAGUCCAUCUGAUUCAGUGUUAUAAUGUCAUGGAAGGAAGUGAUCAACAUCGUGUGACCAAACAUGCUCAAUUGAUGUUCCAACGGUCUCUCCGAUCCUUGCGAAUCUUGAUACAACAACGUGCUAUACCCAAUGUCGAUGAAUUUACUCGUUCUGUGGAAAAAAUGUUGACGACCAUGUCAAAUCAACGUUCUCAUCAUCAUCAUCAUCAUCAAGGACCUAAUUAUUUGAAUGGAGCAGAAAGAAGCGCCGCCGAAAUUUUAUCAAAUGCUUUCAAUACAAAUCCAUAUGCCAACAACCACGACAAUAACAAGAGAAAUACAACUGAUAACAGUACUUCUCCUCGUUCUACAAAACAACAAAAACAGACAAUGAUAGAUGUAGCUGCUCUCUAUACCUCCAUCACCAGCAAUCCUUUAUAUCAACAACAACAACAAAUUCAACCUCACUAUGGAUAUUCUUUACCUUUUGGAAAACAUGAUGAAGUAUGGGUAUUACAAGAACAAUACCAACAACAAGUCAACAUCUUCAGCAAAAUACAGGUAAUAAUGAUGAUGACGGGAACAAGAAGGAACAUCGUCCUGUUAUUUUGAAUUGUCAUGGUCAAGUCUUGGUGGAUUCUACUUCUUCUUCUCGUACUUCUUCUACCACCACUACACCAUCUCGUUUGAAUGUAGUUAGUGUAUCAUCUAGUCUUUAAACAUUUUGUUAUUAUAGUUUGAAACGUCAUUUGUAUCAUAGCCUUUUUUUGUCAUGAA